CACACACACACAUUAACAUGUUUAUGCGUUUUGUAUAAUUUCGACACUGUACAUGGCUAAGUGUGAUCGGUAGUUAGAUUUAUCGAUUAUCUCGAUCCAGCGAAAUUUUGCAUGUGUAAAGCAAUGUUCUUAUACUUUGUAGGAUUAUAGAUGAGAGUAUUUGCUUUAAAAAGACAUGAAAGCGAAGACAUUUCUGCAUGCAAGCUUUACUGGUUCGUAAUUUCGUAUAACGAUUUCUUUUUACGGUGUCGCUUUUAUCUAGGUGUACAAUUCAUUGGAUACUGUCGGGGUGCGUACCGAUCAGCCGAAUCUCCUCGUUAAUUGUAAAAUUAGAGCUUGGAGAGUUUUAUUUUGCCACGCUCCCAUUGAUUUUCUUUUCUUUUAGUGUCGGAAAAGUAGUAUCAGAGUAUCACAGAUUCAGAAAGACAAUGCUAUAUCAGUUGUAUCAAGACCGGUACAAUGUCAGUGAGCUCAAUUUUCCGAUGGUAUAUAGCUACAGCUGUAUGAAAAUGUUUUCUCUCUGGUAGUUAAAAGUAUACGCUUCGUGUUCUGUGAAAUGUUUUGCAAUUUUCGAAUCACGACUAUCACUCAUACGAAAUUGCUCUACCGAAAUUAUGUUUGAUUCCCGCAUUUCUGAACUAGCAUGCAUGUUUGUUACCUUGUAACAUUCGACAGUGAAUUAUAAAGAUUCGCGGUUAAGAGAACGCGUGCACGAGUGCUGCGAUUUACAAGACAAUUAAUUUAUCAAUGUUAAUAGUCUGGCGGCGAGGGUGGCUACGGUGAUCUGGACAUGCGUAGGGGAAGAAGUCCGCCGUAUAAUUCUAUGCAGGACGGAUCGUUGCCAGGCGGCGGCAGUGGCAGCGGUGGUAUCGGUGGCACAAAGCCUAACGAGAAGGCGUUGCUCGCCAGAAUUUGGGGCGAUUUCGAUACCAAAUAUAUGAAGCCCUUGUUAACGCACUCUAGGCCUACGUUAUUGGAAACGUUGCCGGUCUGUUGUAGUCCGCUAGCGAGAAUCCUCACGACCACGCAACAGAUGACGCAGGAUGAGGUUGCAAGAAAAGUCGAUUCGGAUUCGGACUUCUGCUUGGAAGAUCGCGAGAUGGAGCGACGCAGGACCAGUGUUCAGCCGUUGGGGACCGUGAUGAUGAUGGGAGAAGUUAGUCCGGGACCACUACCGCUGCACACACGAGUCGCCCUGCCUGGUCUGGUCGGUAGACACUUGUAAAAUCUUUCUAUAUAGCCGAUUGACCGUUUCGUUUUCACCUCGCUCGCUCACCCUCGAUUCCUGUCCGGUUGUUAGUUCAAAAUCGGUCGCAUAGUGAUUUUAGAUUGUACAUAUCUAUCGUUUAUCACCAUUGUAAAUUAAUAAUAUUCUAAAUUAUUUCAGAAAUUUUUCACAUAGUCAACGGAUUAUCAAAGACCGUAUUAAUUGCAAAAAUCAGGAUCAACUGAUAAUAUCUGAUAUCAUAACGUGCUGCCGAUUUUGAUGACGAGUCUUUUUAAGCGAUUGUACAUCGCAACCGACGCCGGAAACUCGCGACAUGGUACUCUAAGAAUCUCAAUCUUGUUUAUUGUUGUAGGGCUUUUGAGAAACCGGUGCUUCCUAUGCAAUUUUUAAUAGAUAUAAAACAAAGAAGACGAAGAAUACAUUUAGUCGGGACAGAUUUACACAUUUAUCGGUUUCGCUAGGUUUAUAUAAUAUAUAUACAUAUAUAAUUAUAUAAUAAUUAUAGUAUUCUCAAUGUGAUGAAAGUCAUGAUAUGUACAGAGUGAGUCGCACGAUCUGUUAUACCUUGAUAUCUUAUUAUAUUAUAAUAGUGAUUAUUGUUAUAUAAUUAUUCGAAACAUCUGCCAGAUUCUUAGCGGUGGCUUAAUGGAAAAUGCAUUAUUUACUCGCCAAUUGUAUGAUUAUAUUAAAAAAAUAUAUAUAUAUCUUUGUUUUUCUUACGUAAUAUAGUAUCUAAUAUGUAAAUAAUAUAUUUUUUUACCAUUAAACGCCACCAUUAAAAAUUUGUUAGAAGUUUAAAGUAGUGAGAUAUUAACUUGUUACAGAUUGUGUGCUACUUACAUAGAGUAAUUACGAAAUGCGAAAAUUGUAUCUAAUAUGUUGGCGAAAUAAUGAUUAUUAGCACAAGAAUCGAUAUGUAUUUAAUAGACAUGCGUAUGAUGAAACCGAAUCAGUUUAGAAUUAGUCAGAGGCACGCAGUAAGAUUUAUAUAUCGACUUGGCAUCUGGGACAGAUUAAUAUAAAUUGAUUUAUGUAUCGCGUCGCGCGAAUCUAUUGUAUUUGAAGGUAUUCCGCCUUUGAUUUGACGGCGCAUAAAGCCGUACUGCGUAAUCGAAUCUUUCUUGUGAAAUUACUUAAUUUAGAUAUUUACAGCAGUCGGCGAAUUGACUUUGCCGUUAUGUACAAAACUUAGCUACUACUUACACGAAGUGCGGGGCACUCCGUAUUAUUGUUUACAUUGUAACAGUUGUAAGACUCCUGUUGCCUCGCUGCAAUCAUAUGAAAUUGUCACGCCAAAGGCGAGAAAUCGUAUGAAUUCCUUCAUCACCGAAAACUGUUGUCUGCUUCAGAAAUUUAUAUAUGAUUUUCCUUUUUAAUAAUUUCCAUAAUUUUUAAAUGUUACAAUAUAUAAAAAUUACGUAUUACAAUACCUAUGUAAUUGUCAUGAUUUUUUAAUAGUAGCAACAGAAGGCGACCGCAAGCUUUAUUUACGUAAAUCUUACAUGUAAAAUUACAACGCGACAACGUACAAGACGGAUUUAAGAGGAUUUUUCAAUUUUUGACUUGUACUUUCGAGGAGGGAAUAUAUUUAUCGGCUUUCGCGCGCUGGUAUUGUUACGCGAAUUCUUCGGUCGUGGUAGAAGUAAAGUUAAAUCUGCGCUCCUCCCCAAAAAACUUGUACCAGUUAUAAGUUAUAAUUCUUAAAUAAGAAUACGAAUAUGGCGCGAAGAUGCGGGAGGACUUUUAAUUUAGUCGUUGGCUGUGAAGAUUUAAUAAAACUGUUUUGCAGACGUAGGGUGUAGAUAUUAGGAGGGUGAAUCCUUAGUUCGGGAGGAUCUUUAAAUAGCAUUGUAUUUAUCAAACGUGUGCUAAUUUGCAAGUUGAUUCCUUGAAAUAGGCAUGGUAUUCGCGAAGAGAACUGUUCUAAGACAAGAGUUGUAAUGAUCUUGCGUUAUAGCGAGCGAAAUUGCAAUGUAAGAACGAACGUAUUGUACUCCUCUGUAUAGAUAUUCGUGUUCGUGAAUCCGAUGUAUAAUGUGUAAUCGUAACGUAUACAUGCAAUGAAUAUAACAACGUUGUGAUACCAUGUACCACACUUUGCAAUGUUUAAUAAAGUAUUUGUAAAAAUAUA